GUAAAAAUGCUUCACUAUUAUGCACAAUAAACGGUUUCCACUUGGGAUUAGUUAAUAGAGAAAUAUUUUGGGUACUUUUUGCUCAGGGGGUUUCAUUUGCUUGCAGAGUUGUUCAGAAAAAGCUCCCUGAACUUUGAACCGUAUCUGCAAAGUGAGAUAAACAAGAGCCAUAUAAAUACCACAGCCCUCUUCCCCACGCUGUUUCCUUCUGCAGCAGAGCCAGGCAGAGCUGCCAAGAAGGGGGAGGAGGAAAGGGUAAAGCCCAGCCAUGUGGGCAGGUCUGGGGGUAGUUCUGGCCCUCUGUCUCCUCCCAGGAGGAGGGACAGAGACCCAGAACUGCCAGGAGCCCCCAGAAUGGCGUAUUGGGGAGGAGGACCCGAUGUGGAGCUCCCGAGGCUCGGUGACAGUGGUGGCUCUCCUCCAGGCUAGCUGAUUGUUGUGCCUGCGGCAGGCUUCCAGUUUGGAGGACCUGCGAGUAAAGUUAGAGAAUGAAGGAUUGGUCAACAUCUCGUAUGUGAUUGUCAACCAUCAGGGAGCUCAAUCCCGGAGGGAAUUUCACCUACUAAAAGAACGUGUUUCAGACUACAUUACUGUCUACCAGCAAGAUGAGCAGCAAGAGGAUGUCUGGACUACUUUAAAUGGAAACAAGGAUGACUUUCUCAUCUAUGACAGAUGCGGCCGUCUCGUGUAUCAUCUGGGUAUGCCCUACUCCUUCCUGCAUUUUCAGUAUGUGGAAGAAUCCAUUAAGAUUGCAUACUGUGAAAACAAGUGUGGAAACUGCUCUUACAUGGAGCCUGAUACUGAUGGUGUUUGUGAAAACAUCACUAAAAAAGCAGUUGAAGAGCUGUCAGAGAUAGAAUCCAAGCCGACAGACCAGCAUUCCCAUCGCAACCCACACAGACAUGGACACCACCACCGCCGCCACCACCACCAUCACCAUCAGAAGGGCAGUCGUGAUCCCAAACACGAGAACCACCAGGCUGCUGCUGAAACUGAGAGACAUCAUCCUCCCAGCGGCUGGCGCCACAGGCUCUUUGGCCGCCACAGACACGAUCAGAUAGGUAGUCAGGAGCACGUAGACACUGCCCCUCCAGGAGAAAUUGUGGAAAUUCCACAAGAUAAAAAACUACGAAAGAAAGGGAAAACCAUCUGCAAAAACCAGUUAACUUGAAAUUGGCAGACAGGAUCAGACUCUACCUCUAGUAGCUGAUCCUGUCAUUGUCGACACCUUCUGUUUGAAGAGCUAGGGAAUUCUGUCACCUGACAGUGUCGUGGAGCACUACCAAAUUCUUGCAGGUGACACGGGCAGCUGGCAGCAGAGGACGUCACUGAGUCUUGACAGUGCCGUCUGCUCUCUGCUGCCUGACAUUCAUCACCAGCAGGAGCAAGUGAAACUAGUGACACCUGACAGUGACAGGAAAAGGCAAGGAACUGAUCCUGAAAAACAAACUAAGCACCUUCCAGAAACAAGGGAGUCACACUAACUCAGUUAAUGUAGAGCAGAGCAGAAAAAUGAACAGAUUAUGUGUUUUUGUUGCCCCAAAUUCAAGAUUAUGCUGACAGGUAUGGGUAUAUUGCACAGAAGUGUAUUUUAGAGCAGUGCUCUUAGAAUGAUUGAAUAUCUGUCAAAUUCCAUCAGUGAAAAGUGUCAUGAUUUAAAGGAAUUUGGUUGACCCCUAGUUUGUUUUUAAGUUCCACUGGGAAGGUGUCUGCAUUCUUGGUUAAUUUGUCUUUCCUGUUUCUCUUCUAACAUGUUUCUGCUUGCAUUUGUGAGGACAGGAGCAUAAACUAUGACCUAGGGGCUCCUGUCUGAUGUUUUGCAAUCAAGAACAGAAGAUAACCAAGACAGAUAUUUUAAUCAUUUUUUAUUAAGAAGACAAUAGAUGUGAAAGUUGAGUUUGUUUUUUUUUUUUCUAACCUGGGGAUACAAAUCGUGUACAAGCAAAACUUACUCCUAAGCAAUGUGACAGAAUAAUUCCAUAUUAAAAAUGUAAUAUACAGACAGUAACUGCUUUAUUUUUAAGUAACAGAUUGAUAUACUUCACUUUGACAAAGCUUUCUUAACAAAGCUAAGAGCUUUGUUGCUCUUAGAUGCAGUAAGAGGGUCCAUUAAUAAAUACUGCUACAGCACGUAAAAUCCUACUAAAUCAAUUAGAUCAUCCUGAAGUGAGAAGUAGUGUCAACAACUGAGAGUCAGAAUCAAAAAGAGGGUGGGAUGAAACAAGUUUAAUCUUGGUGUAAUGUUGAUCUUUGUUUAUAACAGUGCUGAAUUGGAUAAGUCUGUAUCAAUUAGCAAUCUGCAUCAAUUAACAUAAUAUACUACUUAAACCUGUAUAACUUCUCUGUCUAUAGCCUAGCAUUCCUAAUGUUUGAUUAACUGAAUGGAAGUAAAUCCAGUUGUUUGAAGAAUUCCUGGAUGAAGAAGAGAAUAUUCAUGAAAAGAAAACUGCUAUGAAAGCAUACACCAUAAUUAAUGAUGGUUUAAUAGGGAAAUUACUACUCCUACAAAACCUGAAUCUUUUUAUUGUGAAUGCUGAUUAGCAAGAGAGUAGCUUUGAAUGUACACAGAAUGCAUGCCUUUGGAAUGUUUGACAAGAGUGUUUUCAAUAAAACAUACUUUCUUCA